AUGGGGGUCCUCCUGCUGGCCCUUCUCCUGGCUUUGGCCUCUGUGCCCAGGGCCCGGGCGGUGUGGCUGGGCAGGCUGGACCCCAAGCAGCUUCUCGGGCCCUGGUAUGUCCUGGCUGUGGCCUCCCGCGAAAGGGGCUUCGCUGUGGAGAAGGACAUGAGGGACAUUGAAGGGGUCGUGGUGACGCUCACUCCAGAAAACAACCUGAGGGUGCUGUCCUCCCGGCACGGUCUGGAGGGGUGCAACCAGAAUGCUGUGGAGUUGCUGAAACGAAAGUCUGGAUGGGUGUUUGAGAACCCCCCCCUGGGCGUGCUGGAGUACCGCGUGCUGGGCACCAACUUCAGAGACUACGCCAUCAUCUUCACCCAGCUCGAGUUCGGAGACGAGGCCUUCAACACCGUGGAGCUGUACAGUCGGAGCGAGACGGCCAGCCAGGAGGCCUUGGGGCUCUUCUCCAAGUGGAGCGAGGGCCUGGGCUUCCUGUCUCAGCAGCAGGCCCAGCUACGCAAGGACCUCACCUGCGCACGCAGGAUCCUGCAGGUAAGCCGCCACCUCCAGCAUCUCCCCGGGCCCCUGUGA